AUGUCCGCUGAGCAAAGCAACGACAAUGGCUCCCUUUUUACCUGCCUGUCGUGCAGCAUCGCUUUUCUCUCCGCCGAGGACCAGCGAGAACACUACAAGUCCGACCAUCACAGGUACAACAUGAAGCGUCGGGUUGCUGGCCUUCCACCCCUCAGUGCCGCUCUGUUUGACCAGAAGGUCCUCGAGAGAAGAGCUCAGACCGCCAUCAUGGCUUCGCCCAAGGGUUCAGCCUGUGAGGUCUGCAGCAAAACCUACACGACCGAAAAUGCCUACAGGGCGCAUUUAGUCUCGCGCAAACACAAGGAGAACGAGCUCAAGGCGUCAUUGAGGCCGAAGGUGCAGCCGACGCAAGACGCUGCGCCUGAGGAGCCGUCUACGUCCAUUCCAGUGGCGCAGGAUGAGGCGGUGGAACAGCCUGCAUUGACUUCCUCCCUGCCCUCUGGCGCAGCUCUGAUCGUCGACCCUGAGGCUACAGAAGAGCAGAUUAACCAGACCAUUGACGAGAAGAUCGCUGCCGCGCGUGCCCGCCUCGCACCGACACAAUGUCUCUUCUGCUCCGAGGCAUCCGCCUCGCUCGAGGACAACCUCACGCACAUGUCCGUCGCACACACGUUCUUCAUCCCCGACGCCGAUUUCCUCGUCGACCUCCCCGGCCUCGUCACGUACCUUGGUGAGAAGAUCGCCGUCGGCAACGUUUGCAUCUACUGCAACGGCCGCGGGCGCGAGUUCCGCACACUCGAUGCCGUGCGCAAGCACAUGCUCGACAAAGGCCAUUGCAAGAUCGCAUAUGACGCGGAAGAGGACCGCCUCGAGGUAUCCGACUACUAUGACUUCACGGCGUCGUACCCUGACGCGCACCAGCGUCGGAAGAAGGUCAAGAGCGCUUCGGGCGGUUCCGACGAGGAGUGGGAGGACACCGAUGACGAAGACGCAGAGGCCGAUGAGGUCGUCGACAAGGACGAGGAUGCGUCGGACAGCGACGCCGAAGAGCUGCUCGACAAUCAGAUCACGUACGGCGACUCCCAUUACGAGCUCGUCCUCCCCUCCGGUGCACGGAUAGGCCAUCGAAGCAUGCGCCGAUACUACGCACAAUCACUCGUGCGAGCACCAAGAGGCGGCAAACAAGAAGAUCCGAACUCGGGCGCCGCACUCGUUCGCAAACUCCUGGGCGACAAAAACUCUGCGCUUGUUCCUCGUGGAGGUGGCUUCGGCGCGUUUGGCGCAGGGACAGAGGUCGUCAAGGCCAGGAAUCGCGGUGAAGCACGGGAAGCCGGCCGGCACGUCCGCGAGUUCAGGGACCAGCGCCGACGAGAAGACUUCAAGACCAAAGUCGGCCUCAUUCACAACAGUCAGAAGCAUUUCAGAGAUCCGCUGCUCCAGGUGUGUACCAUAAUCGAAGUGGAUGCUGCAUAUACUCAUUCUUUUGUCUGA